GUAGUAGAAGAAGAAGAAGAAAAAGAAGAGAGCACUAGCAACCUGAGAAAUAUAUUUUGUGAAUUGUCCAGAAGAUAUUGGUGCUGAAGAAGGAGAACUGACAUCCUGCAAGAACGCUGGAUUUGAGUUUGGUACAUGAAUAUGACUUGCUCAGAGGAAGCAGACGCACAGUUGGCAGAGAUAGAACUGCUGAUAAGUAUGUUUCCAAGUGAAGAAGAGUUACAAGUGGACGAGAUCUCGCAUGCAGAGCUCAGGGCUUAUGUGGACGGCUCAGCUCAUACUCCCCCAACCUCCAGACCCCAAUUCAGCAUCAUGGUGAAGGUGGAGAACCCUGCAGCGGGCAUUACAAUGGUUUGCUCAUACCCAACUGCCUACCCAAAAGAGUUGCCAGACAUCACUGUCAGGUGCGCUGAGCUUAUUAGAUCACAGCAGAUGCAGCUUCACUCCGAUCUCAACACCUUCCUGACUGAAAACUGCAGAGGUGAAGUGUGUGUUCUUCCAGCUGUGCAGUGGAUCAAAGACAAUGCAGACUCAUAUUUCACUAAAAGUGCCGCUUUCAGUGAACCCAAGAAAGAACAUGCUUUGAUUCAGCCAAAAACAACAUUCACUAGACUCUGGAUUUACAGCCAUCAUAUCUACAAUAAGAUCAAGAGGAAGAACAUUCUGGAAUGGGCAAAAGAGCUAAACCUUUCUGGUUUCAGCAUGCCGGGAAAGCCUGGGAUUGUCUGUGUAGAAGGUCUGCAGUCUGUUUGUGAUGAGUUCUGGGCCAGGCUGAAGGUUUUGACAUGGAAGAGAAUUAUGAUUCGUCACAGAGAAGAUGUCCCUUUAGACUGCAGCUGGACGGAGGAGAGGAUUGAAUCCCUCCGCAAGUUCACCCUCUUUCAUGAAGCUAUUUUUUACCCUCACGGGACCAAAGGAAACCACAUGGACCUUGGACAGCUCUAUCAGUUCCUUAAUGACAAAGGAUGUGCUGAUAUAUUUCAGAUGUACUUUGGUAUUAAGGGUCAAUGAAAAUAUGCCUGUGAUGAGCUGGAUGGAAAAGACAACGCCUAUGUUUUAUCCGAUUGUGUUUGCAGAGAAAUGACAGAAAUUAUGUCUAAUGAUUAUCCAUCUGACUAGAGUCAUAUUUAUUCUGUGUUCUAGGUUACAGAGGCUGAAGCCCCUCACUUGUUUUAUAGCUUAUGAAACAGAACUCUGUCUGGGGAAAAAGUAAUUCAGCGACAGUUUUUAUAUCUACUGACUACUAGGUAACAUGUACUGAAAGAGUGCAAGUGAUCUCAUGGGCAGAGUCUGAAACUGCACACUUCACUAUUAUACAAUGGGCAAAACGCAUUAAGUGAACUAAUUGUUGGUCUGAAUUCUCAGUACUCAUAAAAGACUAGACUAGAAACCAAUGAUGUAGUAUGAUUUGCAAAAGCAAUGUAAACUGAUAUAUUUUCUUACUGACAUACAAAAUUGACUGGGUCAAAAACAUUUUUGUUGGGUGAAAAUACUAGUGGCCUAAGAUUUUUGCACAGUACUGUAUAUCAUAAUCUCUAUUUUAGGUAAAAAAAAUAUUUUAAAAUGAUUCUCCGUUUAUCUAAUAUUGUGAUAUAAUUAAGUUUGACAGAAUGAAAACACUUGGACAAGUCAUGGACAAUACAAACACAGUGUAUUAACACAAAUAUUUAGUUUUGUUUAUUCAUUUAUUCACCCUCGGCUUAGUCCCUUAUUUAUCAGGGGUCGCCACAGUGGAAUGAACUGCCAACUAUUCCGGCAUAUGUUUUACACCGCUAAUGCCCUUCCAGAUGCAACCCAGUACUAGGAAACACCCAUACACACUUGCAUUCACACACACUCAUACACUACGCCAAUUUAGUUUAUCCAAUUCACUUAUAGCGCAUGUCUUUGGACUGUAGGGGAAACCGGAGCACCCAGAGGAAACCCACACAAACAAGGGUAGAACAUACACACAGAAAAUGUCAACUGACCCAUUUGGUCCACUC